UUGUUCUACUUUCAAAGGGUCACUCCCGGUCUGGUGGUUGUCGUUGCAACUCUUGUUUUCCCCGGUGGUAAUCUUGUUUUCGGGUCGCACCGCCACACAGCAACAACUUGGAAGAGCUUCCUCGCUAAUGCUCAAGCAACGCUGAUCUUUGCCGUGACAAGGAGACAAGCCGCGCCCAUAUACAUUGUCUAUCGCCUGACUGUCUACAAGAUAGAUAUGAGCCACGACCCGACUCACCGAGGUGUCCGCUUCUCCGUAGGCCACGAGAACGCUCUCUUGCCAGAGCAAUAUUCCGUCGAUAUGAGCAGACCAGUCGUCGUCAACGCGCCCGAAGCUGCCCUAGAGUCCUCUGGAUCCUCCGGAGACGAUGAUCAAGAACUCGGCCAGCGUCUCGACGAUGCCACCGCUCAGUACCAUUUCUCGCCACCGUUGGUCGCAACUCCACUCGACGAGGUCACCCCAUUGAACGCUGUGGGGUAUGGGUAUGUCGCAGGUCAACCUCGGCCAUCGCGUGGUCCCCUGAGCAGCACGGGCGGGCUUGUUGCGCCUCACGAUGCCCAUCCCGCGCCCAUACAAACCAGCGGCAUGAGUUCACAACGAGCCGUCCGACCCAGCGCUGUUCGAACACCCUCAAAUACGUACGCGCCCGCCCGCCGACCCCAGCAAUUUUCCUUGAACUCGACCCGAAACCGCAAUGCCUCCGCAAACCGAACCCGCCGAAAUCCUAAUGCAGAAUACCGUGCCCAGGAGAAGGCCUAUGUCCAGCGCAUUCGCCAGGAGGAUAAUCAAGACGAUUUCUUCACCGACGUCACGACGCCGAGCCUAGGCUAUAGCACAGAUUCCGAGACUGACGACGAGUCGCCAUCCACCGCCGAUUACAUCGAGAAUGACCCUUACGACCAGGAGACCUUGUUGUAUUACGGAAAUGACGAUAUGCAGCCUUCCGUCGAAGAGCUCAAGAUUCCAGAAAACAGGGAGCGGCUGGAGUGGCACUCUAUGCUGGCUAGCGUUCUCACCGGAGAUGUAGUUAAGCAAGAGAAGAAACGUUUGACCGGUAGCACUGAACAACAGGGUGAUAACAGCCUGAAGGCUGAGCUGUGGAUGGGUAUUCGAGCCAGGGUAUGCAAUCGGCCAUUGCAGACUCAACGUCGUGUGAUCGAUGAUGGUCGUGCCAAUAUCAAAACACAACUUGAAAGCAUCAUAUCAUUUGAGGUUCAGGGCGCUAUCGAGGCCGGACAGACUGCAGCAGCACAGGUUCAAGAAAUCGUGAAGAGAAUAGAAAAGCUAGAGGGCCUCUACCCAACUCGACAAGCACUUGAAGCUGCCUAUCCGCGAGCGGCAUCCCAGGCAUACAAGGACAGCUGUGACGCUGUGUUCGCCUGGCAUAACACCACGGAGCUUAUCAAUACCGAAAUGUCUAUUCUGAAAAAGUGGGUCGGCAAUGACGAACUCGACUUCUCGAAACCACGAGCGAGAGAAUCACAAGACCAUCAUUUGACGGAUGACUCGUCAUUCAUUGAUCGUAUUUUGAAAGAGGACGGACUAAAGUCACUUCAAGGAGGCACGAGUCUUCUCGUCAAGCUGGAGCAAGUUAUCCACAAGGCAAAAUCCACCCUUAUUGCCAAUGCGGAGAGCUUUGCGGAGCGACAUCUACCACCUUACAUCGAGGAACUGCUGACGCUCAUCAACUUUCCGUCUCGCCUAUUGCAGGAGAUCAUCAAAAUGCGACUGACCUAUGCUAAAAGGAUCAAAGACCCAUCUCAACAGGGCAUCAUGAUGGCGGAACAGAUGAUCAACCAGUUCCAAAUUCUUCUUACCCUUGCUGGCAAGAUUAAGGAGAGCUACAUCGUGAUCUCGCGUCCAGAGCCUGGAUGGGAUCUUCCGGUCUGCAUCGAAGAAAACUUCGACCAAACAGUGUUGGAAGCCUUGAAGUUCUACUUUAGGAUGCUGAACUGGAAACUUUCAGCUAAUAAGAAUACAUUCAAAGAGGCGGAAAUUCUUGAGCAGGAGUGGGAGUUCUGCAAUAAGUUGGGCAGACAACUUGAAGGUGGCGAUGUUGAGGUUGCCGAACAAUUUAGCUCCCUCACCUCGAAAUCAUUGUCGCGCCUAACAGCUCAUUUCGACAAAGAGCUUCAACGCCGUCCAGAUGAAGCAACAGCUGCAGAACUGGACAAGCGGUACAAAGGGAUUCUAGACUCCGUUCGUGUAAGGCAGCGAAAGCUGUUCCGUUUCUCCAGAAUUUUGACUCAGCGCUUUGAGAAUUGUACUGAGUACAACAUCAACCACAUCGACCUGGAUCAAGAACAACUCGAGGAUCUGUACGAAGCUUUGAUCAUGACCGACCAUUUCUUGGUCGAGACUACUGGUGCCGAGAAUCGAGACAUCUACAUCCUCGCAUCGCCCGCCCUUCAAGACAGACCAAAGGAUAUCCAAUCCCUUCUAACCACGUGCUAUCACGCCGAGGAGAACCCGGAGGAUCCCUCAAAUCCAUACGUACUGAUUCUCAAGCCUGAGAAUGAAUUGUUCUGGGAGGGGAAACGCUUCGCGGCCGAUAUCAAAGCACCUGUUCUUGAUUUGAAGCAGGGUCGGCUGCGCCUCGUCGCUGAUGGUUCGCAGCAACGCCUGGUAAACGCGAAUGCGUCUUUCCUCCAGUCCAUAGGGACGGACCUGACCAAGUUGAUCGAUCAGCGUGCCAAUCUGCCUCGAGUCAACCAGGAGCUACAGAAGAUCAAGAAAACUGCAUUCAGACUUUCCAACACCAUUAUGGAUAGUGUCGAAAUCAUUCGAAAGCAGACAGCCGGUCUCGAUUGUCAGGAUUUGAUCCAAGCCUGUUUUGCGUUCGCGACUGAGUUUGGUCAGCGUUCCAUCCUGUACAUGGACUACAAUCGACGCGCCAUGAACAACAUUAAGUUGACAAAGUUGGCUCUUGAUUGGGUUAGCUUUAUUUGCGACGACUGCAUUGCAGCCGAUCGCAAGACCUUCCGCUGGGCUGUGGUAGCCUUGGAGUUCGCCAUGAUGAUGACGCGAGGACAAAACAUUCUCUCGAUCAGCGACUCAGAGUACUCUAGUUUGCGCCUGAAGGUUGCCGGAUGCAUGUCUCUUCUCAUUUCGCACUUCGAUAUCAUGGGUGCAAGAUCAACAAUGGCCGCCCAAGCCGAAAGGCAGCGCCAAGCCAUUGCCGGCAAGAGCAUGGUCGACCCAAAGAAUCUGAAGGACGACGAAGAAUCGAUCGCGUUGACACAGGCCCAAUGGAUGCAGCAGCUCGAAGACAUUGAUGCUUGGAGGAAAGAUAAGGAAGCCGAACGCCAGGCACUCGGAAGAGUGUUGGAAGAUUCUAACGAAGCCGAUCGAGCACUUACUUACCUGUCGUCUUCGGCUACUAACGUGACACUCCGAUGGCAACAAGGACAAUUUGUUGGCGGAGGCACUUUCGGCUCUGUUUAUGCUGCUAUGAACCUGGACUCAGGACAUCUCAUGGCUGUGAAGGAAAUUCGUCUCCAGGAUCCGCAGCUCAUCCCAACUAUCGUCUCUCAAAUUCGAGAUGAGAUGGGUGUCCUACAGGUCCUCGAUCACCCGAACAUCGUCUCUUACUACGGAAUCGAACCUCAUCGAGACAAGGUCUACAUUUUCAUGGAGUACUGUUCUGGAGGAUCGCUUGCCGGAUUACUUGAACAUGGAAGGAUUGAAGAUGAGACCGUCAUCAUGGUAUACGCGCUGCAGAUGUUGGAGGGUCUAGCUUACCUCCACGAUUCUGGUGUCGUUCAUCGCGAUAUCAAACCAGAGAAUAUCCUUCUUGAUCAUAAUGGUGUCAUCAAAUUUGUCGAUUUCGGAGCCGCGAAGGUCAUUGCGCGACAAGGUCGUACCCUCGCCGCUGAGCAUGCAGCUACACGACAAGGUCGUCAACGUUCGAUGACUGGUACGCCUAUGUACAUGUCUCCCGAGGUCAUCCGCGGCACGAGUCUCGGUCGCCACGGUGCAGUUGACGUAUGGUCUUUGGGCUGUGUGAUUCUUGAAAUGGCGACCGGACGGCGACCUUGGGUCCUCGACAAUGAAUGGGCCAUUAUGUACAACAUUGCUCAAGGAAACCCUCCCCAACUACCGACCAGUGAACAGCUCAGCGACCAGGGUAUCGACUUCUUGAACAAGUGCUUUGAGCGCGACCCAAGCAAACGUGCAAGCGCCGUUGAACUGUUGCAGCAUGACUGGAUCAUGACGCUCCGAGCCCAACUAUCUUUGGAACCACAGACACCCAGCGACACAUCAAGCACGUCCGGAUUUGGCUCUGCAGCAUCUUCUCGACAGAAUUCUCUCGUCGAGUAAAUCCACUCCCAUAUUUCCCGCACCUUAAUUUGCCCAUAUCAUUUCCCCUUCUCAUGUGUCUUCGGCAUCUCUCAAACAACAUACAUGCAUUAAUUUCUUUUCCGUUCCAUUUCUCUUCACCCCAUUCCACUAGGGAAUCCAUCCUUCCCUCUUCUCUCUCUCCUUUUGCAUUAGCGAUGGCGUUCACAAAAAAGAAUACAUACACCGGAUCCCCCCCUAUCUCCCCUUUCCCUUUUGUCUUGCUGU